AUAACGUCAAAGAAAAACAUAUAUAAUCCAUUUUUCCUUUAGAUAAAGGUAUUAGGGUUUUAAUCUCUUCUUCUCAGUCCGCCUCUGUGAAAACAAAUCUAGGGUUUUCGAAGAAGAAGAAGAAGAAGAUGGGUCACGCUAAUGUCUGGAAUUCUCACCCUAAGAACUACGGUCCUGGAUCUCGUACUUGCCGUGUGUGUGGGAAUCCACAUGCUAUCAUCAGAAAGUAUGGACUGAUGUGCUGCAGGCAGUGCUUCCGUAGCAAUGCCAAGGAGAUCGGUUUCAUCAAGUACCGUUAAGGAAGUAUGGUUCUAUCCAUCAAGUACCUUAUGAUGGAGGAGGAUAAAGGGAAAAAGCUGAAGUUACGUUUCUCUGGAAGGAUGGGUUACUGAAAUGAGUCUAUACCUAGUAAAGUAGUUUUAGUUAGAUCUGUUCGAUUGAUAUUUAGAAUUUGUAAGUUGAGGUGUUAUUGACAUCAUUAUUCCAUGUUUUGAUCCGAAUGUUAUGCUGGCUAUCAACAUCAGAUUCUUAUAUUUUAAUGUUGCAUUUUAAUGUUGCUCAGUCAGAUCUUCUAUGUCAGCUACUUUUUUCAACUUAUAAAUGUCUUUGUUACCAA